GGGAUUUGAAUUGUGAUGAGUGCAAACAAGGUCUCAAUCUUUUGCACGUCAUGCUGGUCUUCGGAGCACAGUGGCACUGUGCAGUUUGGUUAUUCCUACUCCAGUCUUGUAUUGAGCUCUGCGUGGAGACUUCAGAAAAAGGUGUGCUGUCACCAGUGGACACCCAGGCGUGCUACCUCCCCAGAAGAAAUAGAAAAGUUUCAAAAAGGAGAAGGAAAGGACGAAGAAAAGUACAUUGAUGUGGUGAUUAAUAAGAACAUGAAGCUGGGACAGAAAGUGUUAAUUCCUGUGAAGCAGUUUCCUAAGUUCAACUUUGUGGGGAAACUUUUGGGUCCUCGUGGUAAUUCUCUGAAGCGUUUACAAGAAGAAACCUUGACAAAAAUGUCCAUCCUUGGAAAAGGUUCCAUGAGAGACAAAGCAAAGGAAGAAGAGUUGAGGAAAAGUGGAGAAGCAAAGUACUUCCACCUCAACGAUGACCUCCAUGUUCUCAUUGAAGUGUUUGCCCCGCCCGCGGAAGCCUAUGCCCGGAUGGGGCAUGCCUUGGAAGAAAUCAAGAAGUUCCUCAUUCCCGACUAUAAUGAUGAAAUCAGGCAAGCACAGCUCCAGGAAUUAACAUAUCUGAAUGGCGGUUCAGAAAAUGCAGAUGCACCAGUUGUCCGAGGGAAAUCCACCUUGCGUACAAGAGGUGUGCCAGCCCCAACAAUAACCAGGGGAAGGGCAGGCGUCGCGGCCCGGCCAGUUGGAGUUGGUGCGCCAAGAGGGACGCCAACAUCCCGGGGCGUGCUCUCCACCCGAGGGCCAGUGAGUCGGGGAAGAGGACUUCUCACUCCCAGAGCAAGGGGAGUUCCCCCAACUGGGUACAGACCUCCGCCGCCACCCCCAACACAGGAGACCUAUGGAGAUUAUGACUAUGAUGAUGGAUACGGCACUGCUUAUGAUGAACAGAGUUAUGAUUCCUAUGAUAACAGCUAUAGCACCCCAGCCCAAAGUGGUGCUAAUUACUAUGAUUACGGUCAUGGACUCAGUGAAGAGGCGUAUGAUUCCUACGGACAUGUCAGCCAUCUUGGAGAGCUGAAGGAGCUGGUAGUGCCCCUGGAGCAAACACAGGAACUUGUCUCUAAUUAUGGACUGCUUAAGAAUAGUCAACUCACCAACGUGCCUAGUCAGUAAAUGAAUUCACUUGGGAACUUGAAAAUCAUCUUCAUUUUUUUUUUCCACAAUUUUGUGCUCUGUGAAAUAUUUUAUAAAACAGUAUGCUUUUUAAUU